ACGCAUUUGGUUGGAAUGAUGAGAAAUUAGAUCACAAAUUCUAAAUUCAUCGUGGUUCAUCAUCCUAAUUUUAUUUAAUAUUCCAUAUCCUGACAAUGACUCUUGAAAGAACAUCUGCUUGGAACUGUACUAAAACAGUCUGCAUCCAGUUCAAACGAACAUAAAUGUAUACAUUCUAAUGUUUGCAAAGCCUUUCUUCCAAGCAACGUAAAGACCGCUCUUAAGCAUACGUUUGUUGAACAUGACUCAUGGAGAAGAGCUUAGCUCUGAGAUGCAACAGGAUUCCAUUGUUUUAACUUAUCUCGAAGGAUUACUAAUGCAUCAAGCAGCAGGUGGAUCUGGGACUGCAGUUGACAAACAUUCGGUUGGCCAUGCAAAAGAUGAUGAUAACUUAAAGAUUUCAGGAAAUGUAUUUUCUAACUCUAAGAAUAAUGCACCAGUUAACAGUCUGGGUCAGGGAUCUGGUAUGUUACAUCUCAAAAAAGCAAGGCUACUGCAAUCCUCUGAAGACUGGAAUGCAGCAAAACGGAGAAGAUUGUCUGCAUCUGUGGUUGGUAUAAAUGGAAACAAUGAUGCUUUAUUGGCUGGCAUGGUGGAAAAUGUGCCCAAGGGGAAGCAAGAUAGUACCUUGCUGGCUUCUUUGCUGCAGUCAUUCAGCUCUAGGUUGCAAAGUGUUGCCCUUUCACAACAGAUUAAACAAAGUCUUAAAGACCAAGGGUUUUCCAUCAGCCAAGAACCUGUGCACGAGGAAAAAGAUAGCAGAUGUUAUGGUGCUGCAUCCAAUCAUUUAAAGACCCUAUUAAAUAAAAGUAAAGUAAAAGAUAAAAUAAUCGACAAUAAUUUAACUGGUUUACUUAAAAAGUCACAUCAGGAGAAUUAUGUUAAACCUACUCUUUCAGGGCAAAAUGGUUCAAAAGGAACAGUGGAACCAAUUUCAUGUGCAGCAAGACUUCAAGCUGUUGCAAAUAUGGUUGUGAAAAGAUCUAGCCCCACUGCAUCACCUAAACCAAGUGUAGCUUGUAGUCAGUUGGCGUUGCUUCUUUCUAGUGAAGCUCACCUGCAGCAAUACUCAAGAGAACAUGCUCUCAAGGCACAGAGCGCAAGUCAACUGGCAAGUGAACGACUUGCUGCCAUGGCAAGAUUGAAAGAGAGUUCGGAGAGUGACCUUCAUCGUUUCCAGUUGUCAACUAAUUUGCCAGCCAAAGUCAGCAGUCCAGUUAGACCUAUGUCAAAUGGAAUUGGUAACGUUGGAAAUGUUUCUCCUUUCCCAAAUCAACUGGGUGUGCCAAGUUCUCCUCUCAAGACAGCAGGUUUUAAAACCCAUACAGAGAGAAACCAUGUGAAACAAUCACCAAAUAACAGUUUGCUUCUACACCUUCUUAAAAGCCAGAAUGCCCCAAGUGUAAGCACAAGUCAUUUACACAGUGAUAAGUAUUCUUUUGAAGAAAGUGCCACCCCAACAACUACAGAUGAUUUUUCAGACAACAAUCCUAGUUUUACAGAGGAUGAAACUAGUGAUGAUGAAAGCACUCAUUCAAACUGUGUGCCUAUAGAUUUGUCCUUUAAAAACAGAGUAGAUAAGCCGGUGGCAUUAACUCCUGCAUCUAUAGACAAUUUAACAGAAUCUCUGCUUCAUAACUGGGAUCCAAAAGUUGAAGGAAUUGAUCUCGGCAGAGAAAAAGACACGUCCAUGGAUACCACAUUAAAGCCAUAUCAGAAAGUAACAUUAUUACAAUUGCUGUUAGGCCAUAAGAUUGAUGAAAGUCAAGAAUCAAUUGUAGAUGCACGGGGAACAGCAAAAGCUGCUGACCUGACAAAAUUCAAUUUGCAAGGGCACAGCCAUGUUUCAGAGAACACAAGUAUCCACAAGUAUCCACAAGUAUCUUCUCCACUUAAUACAUUACCUUUGCACAAUGCUGCCAAAGCAGAUUCUCCUGUAAAUCUGACUCACCAGCCCUUUCCAAUUAAACCCAAUUUUACGUCUUACAUUAGCAACCUUCAAACAGAGAGACUUGUGAAUCCAGCAUCAAAACAUUUGAUAGAGCUUACUAGAAACAAAGUAUUCCAACCACCUGUCCCAGUAGUAAGUAACAAUACACAAAGUAAUGAUUCUUUCAGCGCAAGUAAGCUUCUUCAAAAUUUAGCUCAAUGUGGAAUGCAGACAGCUGCACCCGAAGAACGACUGCAAAAACCAUUACAUUCUAGUAAUGGUACAACAGUUGGGUUAGUUGAACGAUUGGAUAGCCCGCAUGAUACAAAGCCAUCAAGCUCUUUUGAAGAAGUCAGAACUUUCAACAGCCCAUCUACUCCUGUUGAUUCAGGAUUUCCAAGCUCUGAAAUAGAAAAUCUCCUAGAAAGACGGACAGUUCUUCAGCUUCUUCUUGGCACAACUAACAAAGGAAAAAAUGAAAAAGUCCAAAAAACUGUCAUUAAAAAUGAAUGCCAACAGGGGCAUGUAGAAAAGAUAGUAAGUGAGCAAAUUGUAUCUUUUAAAAUUAAAACUGAACCAGAUGAUGUCUCCAAUGCACAACAUUUGAGAGAAACAGGAGUGCCAAGUCCGACUUGGCCCUCAUCUCUUCACAAAACUGCCCGAUCAUCUCCAGAGGAGUCAAAGCCCCAACACCUUUCUCCACAUGACUUUAAUGGUUCAAGGAAUGGUCUUCUCAGUCGUUUGUUGCAGCAGAACCAUGAUGGAUAUGACACAAACGAUUUGGAUAUAAGCAGACAUGAAAUUAAGCAAACAGAAUCAAAAAUUCCCAGUGUUGUUCCAAAAAAGAGAAAAAUGCACCAAAAUGAGCCUUUAGAAAGCCAAGUAAAAUUAGCUAGAAUUGUUUCUCCAGACAGUAGUAAUAGGCAAUUCUGCAGUACAAAAUCUUUCUGUACCCCAUUUUUUCUGCAAGAAGAUAUGAACGGCAACAAAUCUGAAUACGAACAUAGGGGCACCAUGGGUCAAAGUUCAUAUAAUGAAAGUAAAAAUGUAAGUUGGUCAAGAGAGAAUAAAGGAUUCAAUGUGCUGAAACAACUCUUACUUUCAGAAAAUUGUGUCAGAGACUUGUCUCAGCACAGGACCCAUACCUCUGCUGAAGAGUUGAUGAGGCCCACCAGAAGUAACUUGGCAGGGAAUUCUGACUUUUUAGCUCCUUCUUUAAAUGUGUUAAUGGGAAAACAUUCUCAAACAAAUAGUUUAGAUCAAAUUACCUUUCCAUACCCAUCUUCCUUAAAUAAUUCUCAUCAUACCCCUCAAGAGACUUCAGGAAAUAACAUUUCUAUGGCCAGUUCUGGACCUGUUAAUACAAGCCCUGUGCCUAAUGAUAAAGGGCCUAUCAAAUGGGUUAUCACAGGUAUGGAAAAGAAUGAGUUUGGAAAAGAUUACCCAAGACUGACAAAAACAAAUCCAAUAUUGUACUACAUGCUUCAAAAGGGGGCACAUUCUGCUGCUAACCAAGACUUACGAGAUAGGAACAUUUGGACAGAGUCUUUGUUGGCGAAAUCAAAUGAGUUGACAUUAAAAAGAGAAUCAGUCAAUGGUGGGAUUACCAGCUCCAGUAGUAUUGGUUUGACAAAACCUUCCAAUCAUGCAGCAAAUAAGUCUUUUCAUAAUUCCAAUGGCAGCAAGUAUGGGCUUUUCGAUAUGUUAGCCAUUAAAAACGAGCCUGAAUAAAAAAGGCAAUAUAAUUUGCAUUGAAUUCUUUAAAUAUGAAAAGUUAAAAAUAUGUAUGAUUUUAUUGUAUAGGGCAUGACAAACAGAAAAAAAGGAUAAAAAAUAGCAUGACCAUAUUGACAUGUUUUUAUGUAUUUCAAUUGAUUAUUUUGCUGAUAAUUAAAGUUAAUUAAAAGAAAAUGUAUAAAUAUUAAAAAUGUGAAUGAUACAAGUAUGUGUAAAUACAGUUCAUUUCUGGCACUGAAGCGGGGUUUGUACUUGUGGGGUUUUUUUUUUUUUGUUUUUGCUUUUUUUUUUUUAUCUUCGUAAAUUUAUAUUUAAGUCAUAAAAAGAUUUUGACAUCUAAAUUUAUAAAUGUGUUUUUGCAUCAUUUGUCUUGGCAUCCUGAGGAACUUUGAGAAACGUUAGAAUCUGGGUAUGCAAUAUAUGCGUAAAAAAGUAAAUAUUAUUUUUGAUGAAAUAAAAACCUUUUUUUUUUUUUUUUUGUUCAAUGAACGAGGCAUAGCUGUAUAAUGCAAAUUUAUAUUCAUAUUGAACUGAGUUUCCAUUAUUAUGGGGUUACUAAACUAUCCACAUAAACACUGACACAAACUAAACAUCUUAGCUUGAGCACAGGUAAGUGAUAUCGCUCGGCCAUGUUUAUUGACCCAGCUGUGCCCAAGACUGCCAUUGAAUAGAACAUGUCAUCAUUCAAAAUGCUUACGGCCUAGAUAUCAUCUAGAUUGGUUUGAUUUACAUAAAUUGUCCUCUUCGUUAAUAUAUUGCAUCUAUCUGACAUGCAGCACAUUUCUGUAGACUUAAAACUGAUCCUAGUUCAUAAAUGUAAUAUCUACUUAAGAAGGAAUAUAUAAAAAA